AAUUAUUUUCUUCUAACAGAUGUCUCAGAUGCAGAUUGUGGUGCAGUACUCUCAUAGUUUGUAGGGAAAGAGGAGCACCCUGUGCAGUAUUUAAGCCGGAAGUUACUGUCAAUGGAGCAAAUAUAUCCCACAGUGGAGAAGGAAUGCUUGGCAAUAAAGUGGGCUACAGAAACCUUCAAGUACUAUUUGCUGGGUAGGACAUUUAUUUUGUUACUGACCAAGUGGACAGUGGAUGCAUAGUAAUAAGGCAAAUGGCAAGGAUUUCAAACUAUAUCGUAUUUCUGAAGGCUGGAAUUAAGCAACAUACAGAUACUUUGGUUAGAAUGUCAAGAACUGUUUCUGGUUGGAUUCUGAAGUCUGCAAAACAAAGCGUAAAUGUGAUCCACAGAGAGAAAUGUCACUAUUCCAAAUGCCUCCUGACUCAACAGCAAGUUAAAUGGAGGAGUCCAAGUAAAUCUAAGGCAGUCUUUCAGAAGUGGCUUUGUUAUCCUGUACAUGAAAUCAACUUUUCAGGAGAGAGAUCUUUUAGGCAAAUUUCUUCAGAAAAUGAUGUGCAAUUCUUGUUAAGCCCAUCUCAAAUUAACUACAUACUUAGGGCAAAUGAGCUGUCCUACAAGCCAGUAGAGUUUAAUGGGAAGAAUCCAAGCACUGUCUUCAAGUUUGAGAGCAAUCAGCUGGCUUCUAAUACACCAUGUGAGGACCGCAGGAGUGCAGCAACGUGCCUGCAAACUAACGGGCAUUUUUUUGGAGUUUUUGAUGGUCAUGCUGGAUCUGCAUGCGCUCAAUCAGUUGGCGAGCGGUUGUUUUACUACAUUGCUGUCUCUCUGAUGUCUCAGAAAACUCUUGAGGAUAUCGAGUUUGCCAGUGAACACAUGAAACCAAUGCUUCCAAUUUUCCAGUGGCACAAACACAAGGAUGAUCACCUUUAUAGGGAAGGGGCUUCCCUCUAUAUAGACCAUCUCCGUGUUUAUUGGCAAGAGCUGAUUAAUCUAGACAACAAAACUGGAAUGAGUGUGGAUGAUGCUAUGGUGUAUGCAUUCCAAAGAUUGGAUUCUGACAUCUCCCUUGAAGCACAGGUGCCCACUGAUAAUGAAUUUCUCAGAAACCUUACUCUGCAAGUUGCAUUUUCAGGGGCAACAGCAUGUGUGUCUCAUGUCGAUGGAGUUCAUUUGCACAUAGCUAAUGCCGGUGACUGCCGGGCCAUCUUAGGUGUUCAGAAUGACAGUGGAGCUUGGUCAGCGGUUCCUCUUACAGCAGAUCACAAUGCCUUUAAUAAAGCUGAGCUCCAAAGAUUACAUGCUGAACACCCACCAUCUGAAAAAGAUACCAUAGUGACAGAUAAUAGGUUGUUGGGUAUUUUAAUGCCCUUUAGGGCAUUUGGAGAUGUACUAUUCAAGUGGAGUCGGGAAUUGCAGAAAAGUGUCUUACAAAAUGCUUGUGAUUUAGAACCUUUAAAUAUUUAUCAGUAUUCACCUUCAAACUAUCAUACUCCUCCUUAUUUAAGUGCUGAACCAGAGGUGACCUACCAUAAAUUAAGGCCACAGGACAAGUUUCUUAUAAUGGCUUCUGAUGGCCUUUGGGACAUGCUGGAGAGUGAGCAAGUGGUCAAGCUUGUGGCCAAUCACCUAUCAGAAAAUUCCCUACAGGAACCCAAAGUGUCUGCACAAAAGCGCAGCUUAGGAAAAAUGUACAACCUGUUACUCAAGAGACAAUCGAGGAAAAUUCCUGUCCCAGACCAAAACAUUGCAACACAUCUCAUCCGGCAUGCCAUAGGCAGUAAUGAAGAUGGGGAAAUUGAGCAAGAGAAACUUGCCACCAUGCUGAGCUUGUCAGAGGACUUGGCACGGAUGUAUAGGGAUGAUAUUACAGUAACUGUGGUUUUCUUUAACUCCAGUGCAAUUGAAUCAUACUACAAGGAAAACACCAAUUCUUAAGCAUGUGUUUCUAUUGUCUCUUUAAGCUAAGGAGUAGAGGAAUCUGUUUUUUUAUUAAAAUGAGAGCCGAUACAAACCUCUAAGCUCUAAUCACACUAAUCCUUCCCUUUUUACCAGACUUUGCUUGUCCUCAAAUGUAUAUUUUUUUAUUAGUAGUAUUUUUUUAUUGUUACAGUAAUCUCUUCUGUGAAGGUAGCAUUCUUUUUAUAAUAAAAUAAUGUUGUAUAGCCUUGUGCUUAUAACACCUAACACACUCCAGCUUCAGAGCACAAGUCACAGCAAGCUUCUGGCAUAACAUUUUUGUUUUCUGAUUAUAAUAUUCUGAAGAUAUCUCAAACUUAAAAUAUCUCAAAAUUAACUACCAGUAGCUAGUUUAACAACUAGAAUUUUAGGUGUGAAGUGAAUUAUAUAAAGUCACAUAAGUUCAAAUGAUAUGUUAGGACAUUUUGCACAGGCACAACACAAUGUUAAAAACUGAACUCUGGUUAUAGACCAAUGCCAGUGCUGUAUAGCAAAACAAAUGUGAAUCGGAACAGAUGUUGUGCCUUAAUACUCGGCGAUGCAGCCAAAUACCAAGAGUCUCCCACUGACAUUAGUAAUGGUUUUGCAGCUCUCAGAACAAUGUCAAAGCUCUGUAUGCAGCUCCUAACUAGAGCUAACUGCCUCAGGUAGGGUCAUGCAAGGGUUUAGUAUGAUUGAAGCAGGAGAGAAGAGUUAAUAUUGAUAGGAGUUAUAUAUAUAUAUAUAUAUAUAUAUAUAUAUAUAUAUAUAUAUAUAUAUAUAUAUAUAUAGGUAGGUAUGUAAUUUAUAAUGCUAAUUAGUUUGGUGCAUGCAGGGACAAAUCCAUCAGUGGCUACUAUCAGUGCAUCUAACAUGGAACAUUGUGUAUAUUUGCACAUUGUGUACUCUUAUAGCUGGAAGUUUAACAUAAAUUUUAGAAUAUGGUAAAAAAAAAAAAAAAACAAGUACGCGAAAAAAGUCAUUCUCUAUGGGAAGCUUUUUUUAAAAUGUAUUUUUUUUAAAAACAGAGAGACAAGAAUAAUGAGGGGCUGUGCAGGGUUUGGUGAAAUAGGUUAGCUUAAUUGCACUGAGAUUAUAGUAAAUGAGUCUGUGAAGGUUUUCAUUCAUCCAGGUCAUGGUAUAUCUAUAGUAAAAAGUCACUUCUGAAUUGAGAAAGAGCCAGGUCAGUUGACUUGCGAAAUGUCUUCAAAAGAAAGAAUAAUACAGCAAUUCCUGUUAAUUUGACUUAUUAUUAUAGAUACAGUAGAUUGAAACGA